AUGUUACAAAAUUCUUUACAUGUCAAUUUAUUAUUAACGGGUAUUAUAGCCCGAUUAGCACACUAUUCUCAACCAUUAUUACGUUCAUUAUUACUUAAUCAUAGCCUUGUACUUGAAACAAAUAUUAAAUCACUUUUUCAGAUUCUUUCAAACCUCAAAUCAAAACUUGAAUCGAUUUCUCAAACAUUCAAUGAUUUUAACUAUCUCAUUGAAUUAGCGCAUAAUACAUUAUAUCAACGAGAAAAUACGGCAAAAGAAUUUGAUGAAAUGCAAAGACGAGCACGUUCUCCUUCACGAACACGAUCAAAAUCCAUUGAUACAGACAAAGAGCGUUCAUCAAAACGAAGUCGUAUAUUAGAUUUCUUUCGUGGCCGUGUACGACCAUCUGAUCAAACAGAUAAAAAUUCAAAUGUUCAUAAUCAAUCUCAUAUUUCAUUUAUUGAUAAAACAUCCAUGAAAUUUAUAAAUAUUCGUGAUCAUAAUUCAACAAAUUCAAUAAAUGAAUGGGAUGAUCCAAAAACUCGCAAUAUAGCAUAUUGUGCUGUUAUAUUUAAUGAAUUUCUUAAAGAACUUGCUGCAAUAACAUUAGAACAUAGUGUACAACAAUUUGAUGAUGAUCAAAUAUUUGAUGAUAUGUUACCAAUAUCAUUAAAGCUUUAA